CCUAUAAAAUUCGCCAAGGCACCAUGUGUUGAGCCCAUCCGGCCAUCGAUCCGCGCUGACCCCUGUCGUCCGGUUUGUGUAUUCCCCCACUAGCUAGCUAGCUAAGCUCCAUCUGCAUCCAGUCCAGCCAUGGCGUCCGUGAAGCUCGCCGUCGUCCUCUUGGCGUGCGCCGCGCUCAUGGCGACGGCGGCGGCGUACGCGCCGUACCGGCCGGAGCCCGAGCCCUGCAAGACGCAGGCCAUGUACUUCAAGAACUGCCUCUUCCGCGGGCACGGCAAGAUGUGCUGCUCCGGCGUGGUGGCGGACCCCUCGUGCUACUGCGAGGUGGAGCGGGAGGUGGAGAUCCAGUGCACACCCGACCACCACUGCCAUGGCGCCGCCAGGAUGGUCAAGGUCGCCGAGAUGGACCUCCCCUGCAUGAAGGACCUCAAGUGCAAGCAUGCGUGAGCGUGAUGGCCUUGGCCGCCUGCGUCAUCUCAUCACCCGCCUUAUAUUAGCUGCUUCCUAGUACUACUACAAGAGUAUCGCAUGCAUGUCUCGUUUGUGUGCCGAUUUCCGAGUACGUAAGACCCGUUUCGUUUGUUCCGAUCGACUUCCGACUGUGUGUGCUGGUUGUGUCGUCCUCAUGUAAACUACUCCUAUAUGAUGACGAUGUUCCUGUUGAUUCAAA